AUAUUUUAUAUUAAAUAUGGAAUACCUGGUACAAAUAAAAAUGGACAAUGAAAGUUUUGUUAGUGUUGACUUAAAUGACAAUAAUAAGUGCGAAAUAUGUCAUCAAAUAACAAACGAACAAAUUGUUUCUGUAAUUUUAAAUGAUGAGUUUACUACAUUUGAAGGUUCCCAAUCUAAACAUAUUGGUCGUAUUACAAUGGCUCAUCAUUAUUGUUUAAAGAAAUGGGCUGACAUUAUUGAACGUAAUUUAAAAAGUAGUUAUAAAAAAAAGACUAAUCAAAGUAUUUAUAAUGACAACAGCAAUAUUGCUUCAGUUAAAAAUUAUAUAACAGAAAGUAAGACUAUUUGUCAAACUGAAUGUAUUAAACAAUCAAAUCAAUUCUCUCUCAAAGCUUCUAAAAAUAAUUACAAAAAUUAUACAAAUGAAGCCAAUGGAAAUAUAUCGAGAAAUAAUUACAAAAAUUAUACAAAUGAAGCUGAUGAAAAUAUAUCGAGAAAUAAUUACAAAAAUGAAUUACUCAAAAUGAACUGCACCGAAUUAAAUCAUCUUUUAAAACAAUUAGUUAGUCUAGUAGAAGAAUCUUCUAUGGUGCUCGUGAGCGAAUUACAACUUAAAGACAAAUUAACUCAAGAAAUUGGAUGUCAAUACUUGCUUAUUUCUCAACUUAUUGAUUUAAGAAAAAGAGUGUAAUUAUCUUUACCAUGGCUACGAUUGUUUAACUCGUU